AUGAACAAUAAAGAGAGGAGAAGUCUUCUACCUCAACGUCUUCUUCUACCUCUCACUAUCGGCGGCGACAGCGGCGGCCUUCUUCGUCGGCGAAGUCAGCGGCGUCUUCUUCUUUCUUCUUCGUCGGCGGCGUCUUCUUCCUCGCCGCUGGGUCAGUUCAACGUCGUCGGCGGCGGGAGAUCUAACAAGCCGUCGUCGCCGUCGCAGACCUCGUCGCCGUGA